GGUUAAGGUUAAAGUUUUAUUUUGUUUACCUUUUUAGUUAUUUUAAUUAUUUUAUAUUAAUUUGGUGUUAAUUUGCAAAUGAGUGAAUUUGUAACAAUUCAAGUGGGACAAUGUGGUAAUCAGAUAGGUGGUGCUUUUUGGCCCCAAAUACUAAAAGAAUACAAUGUCUCAAUUCACCAAAAACCUGAGAAACGUACAGUUUCACAGAGUGUCUCUUAUAACUCAUUGUCGUCCUUUUUUAACUUAACUAACUUGAGCUUGAGAAAAUCCACAGAGUGUAUGCCAUUAUAUGAAUUGUUAAAUAACCAAGUUAAAGCAAGAGCUGUAUGUAUUGACAUGGAAGAUAGCGUGGUUUCACGAUUUCGAACGGGACCAUUAAAAGGACUUUUUGAUGAAAGGUGCUUAUUAACUAAUUACCCUGGAUCUGGAAACAAUUGGGCUGAGGGGUUUUGUGAACAUGGUCCCAACUAUAAGGCAAAAAUUUUAAAAGUUUUGAGGCAUGUAGUUGAAAGAUGUGAUAGUUUACAUGGUUUUUUAAUGCUUUUUUCAACUGGAGGUGGUACAGGAUCAGGAUUAGGAACAUAUGUGUUAAAUUUACUGACUGAUAAUUACCCAAAAAUUGAGAGAUUUGUAUCUUGUGUUUACUCAACUGGUACUGAAGAUGUGAUAACUUGUCCCUAUAAUAAUGCUUUAGCAACCUAUCAGUUACUACAAAAUGCAACAUGCGUUUUUCCAGUUGAGAACAGAUGUUUACUAAAUAUUGUCUCGCAAAAAUGCAGAAAUAAUUUUUACACUAAGACUGAUAUAUCAUCAUUAUUUAAGCCAUUUGAAGAUAUGAACAAUAUCAUAGUUGAAAUGCUGCUCCAUUUGACAAGUGGUUCGAGGUUUCCUGGUAGUUUGAAUUUUGAUAUGAACGAAAUUAACACGAAUAUGGUGCCAUUUCCCCAGAUGCAUUUUUUAUCAGCUGGAUUUAAUCACUUAAAUAACAGUUGUGCAACAGGUCUCAGAAAAUCCAGUAAGCAAAUCAAAGAAAAUAAUUUUUUGGCAGCUUGUAAUCGCUCAAACCAAAUGAUAAAAGUAGAACCGCUAGGAUCAAAAUCGAUACUCUUGGCAUCAACGAUAAUUGGCAGAGGCGAUUACACUUUGACAGAUUUACAAUCCUACACUGAAAAGCUACAGGCCAAAGGCAAGUUUACGCCAUGGUCUAGGAAAUGCGUUAAAGCAGGGCUGUGUAGUGUCGCGCCAAAAAAUCAGAGCUCAGCAUUAUUUUCUCUUUUUAACACCACAGGAAUGUAUAGCCUCUUUGAGAAUAUUUAUGGGCAAUAUAAUAAAUUAUAUAGAAAGAAGGCUCAUAUUUAUCAUUAUCAGAAGAUUGAUAACUUUGAUUCGGAGUUAUUUACAGAAUGUCAAGAAUCUCUACUAAAUGUGAUACAAAAAUAUAAGGAGUUGGAACAACUAGUUCCUGUUUGUAUACCAAGACUGAAACCAUUAAUUGAAUAAAUUUCUGUUUUUUU